UGUAGCAGUAGGCUUGAGUUAACAGGGUUUUAUAGCAGGCUUUGUGAGUACAAGUCCUGGCAGCACGAGUGUGUUAUGUUUGUUUGUGACUUGGGUAGCACUACCAACUUUUUGUGCCUUCUUGUCUAGUCACUGUAUGCUGGGGUUUUAUGUUCAUGCUGUGUGUGCAGUUUGUGGGUUUAAUUUUAUCAUGCAGAACUUGCUUUAAUAUGGCCUGUGCUUGUCUUUUCUAGGAAUAACAUGUGUGGAAGUACUUGCUGUUGUUGAUCACCUGUAUCCCAGCACAAGAGCUCCAGCUUCAUCAUUCUCUUCCAGCUCUGCUCUCAGAACAUGGGGGAAAACGAUGAUGAAAAAUACAAUCAAGCUGGCCAGAUAUUUGAAAACUUUGUGCAAGCAUCAACAUGCAAAGGCACCAUUCAGGCCUUCAAUAUUCUCACUCGCCAACUUGAAUUGGAUCCUUUGGACAAUAGAAACUUUUACACCAAACUGAAAUCGAGAGUGAACACAUGGAAGGCCAAAGCUUUGUGGAACAAGCUUGAUAAAAGAGCAAGUCACAAAGAAUAUAAACGUGGGAAGUCUUGUAUGAACACUAAGUGUUUAAUUAUUGGAGGUGGCCCCUGUGGCCUGCGGACUGCCAUAGAACUUGCCUUCCUGGGAGCCAAGGUUGUGGUCGUGGAGAAGAGGGACACUUUCUCAAGGAACAAUGUGCUGCAUCUCUGGCCCUUCACCAUCCACGACCUCCGGGGACUGGGAGCAAAGAAAUUUUAUGGGAAGUUCUGUGCGGGAUCUAUUGAUCACAUCAGUAUUCGACAGCUUCAGCUCAUCCUCUUCAAAGUUGCACUCAUCCUGGGAGUGGAAAUUCACGUGAACCUGGAAUUUGUGAAAGUCCUGGAGCCUCCUGAAGAUCAAGAAAACCAAAAGACAGGUUGGAGGGCUGAGUUUCUCCCCAUGGAUCACCCUUUGUCAGAGUAUGAAUUUGAUGUUAUCAUUGGUGCAGAUGGCCGCAGGAACACGUUAGAAGGCUUCAGGAGGAAGGAAUUUCGUGGAAAGCUGGCCAUUGCAAUCACUGCCAAUUUUAUAAACAGAAAUACAACUGCAGAAGCCAAGGUAGAAGAAAUUAGUGGGGUUGCUUUCAUCUUCAACCAGAAGUUCUUCCAGGACCUGAAAGAAGAAACGGGGAUUGACCUGGAAAACAUUGUUUACUAUAAGGACAGCACGCAUUAUUUUGUGAUGACAGCAAAAAAGCAGAGUCUUCUGGACAAAGGAGUGAUUAUUAACGACUCCAUUGACACCGAGCUGCUGCUCUGUGGGGAGAAUGUGAACCAGAGCAAUUUGCUGUCCUACGCCAGAGAAGCUGCUGACUUUGCAACCAACUACCAGCUGCCUUCCUUGGAUUUUGCAAUUAAUCACUAUGGGCAGCCAGAUGUGGCAAUGUUUGAUUUUACCUCCAUGUACGCGUCUGAGAACGCCGCGCUGGUGAGAGAGAGGCACAGACAUCAGCUCCUGGUGGCCCUUGUUGGAGACAGCUUGCUUGAGCCCUUCUGGCCGAUGGGCACUGGCUGUGCCAGGGGGUUCCUGGCCGCCUUCGACACGGCGUGGAUGGUGCGGAGCUGGGCGCAGGGCAAGCCCCCGCUGGAGAUCCUGGCUGAGCGAGAGAGCAUUUAUCGACUCUUGCCUCAGACGACCCCUGAAAAUAUUAAUAAGAACUUUGACCAGUACACUAUCGACCCAGGAACAAGAUACCCCAACUUGAACUCGAGCUGUGUUCGACCUCACCAGGUGAGGCAGUUAUAUGUUACCAAUGAGCUGCAGCAGUGUCCUCUUGAAAGGGUGAGCUCCAUCAGAAGAUCAGUGAACCUCAGAAGACAAGAGUCAGAUAUUCGGCCAAACAAGCUUUUGACGUGGUGCCAGAAGCAGACAGAGGGGUACAGGAACGUGAAUGUCACAGACCUGACCAGCUCCUGGAAAAGUGGCCUUGCCCUGUGUGCCAUCAUCCAUCGCUUCAGGCCUGAUCUCAUAGACUUCGAGGCGCUGGCGGAGGACGAUGCCGUCAGGAACAACCAGCUGGCGUUCGACGUGGCCGAGCAGGAGUUCGGGAUCCCGCCGGUGACCACGGGCAGGGAGCUGGGCUCGGCCGGGGAGCCCGACAAGCUGAGCAUGGUGCUGUACCUGUCCAAGUUCUACGAGCUGUUCCGGGGCACCCCGCUGCGAGCUGUAGAUGCUGCUGAGAAGCAAAAUGGAGAGAAUAAUGAUCUUGGUUCAGCAAAAUCAUCGAAUUUCAUCUUUAAUAAUUAUAUCAAUUUAACUUUGCCAAGAAAACGAGUACCAAAGGCCGAAGGGAAAGCAGAAGAAAACGAGACAAACAAGAGGCGUCGGAAAGGACUCUGUGGUGCCUUUGAGCAGACUGCAGUCUUGGAAAGCCAGGGGACAAACAAUGGGAAAGAAGAGAGUGAUGGCUCUGUCAGAGAAGGACUGAACCAAAACAAAGUCAAAUCAAUGGCAACUCAGCUGCUGGCAAAGUUUGAAGAGAACACUUCCAAUACAACUCUGCGGAGACAGGAGCUAACAGAUAGACCAGCCCUGCUGUCCUCUGAGCCUGCUGUCAAUCCUCGCUUUGCUAAACCUGUGGAUCCAAGCCUUCUCCCACCUCAACCAAAAAGGCAGUUUCAGGUGGUAGCUAGGAGUGAGCACGAGGUCAGGGAACCCCAACAGUCUUUAAAUGGUUCUGAUCAUAUGGCCAGGAGAGCAAAGACUGUGCCCAAAACAGAUCCCCAGCCCAGUGUGUCAGAAACCUCUGAAAAUCUCGCCUCUGCCUGUUCUGCUGCAUUUGUACUUUCUGGAGUGCUUGAGCGUCUUCAGCACCUGGAGGAAAAAAUGAAACAGAAAAGAGCUCAGACUAUAGCAAAUAGGGAAUUCCAUAAAAAGAACAUUAAAGAGAAAGCAGCACAUCUUGCCUCAAUGUUUGGAUACAUGGAGUUUCCAAAGAAUAAGCUACCUACUAAAGGCUUAUCCCAUUCUCAGCCCCCAACUCCCUCUUGCCCUCCACCUCAUCAUUCAGCUGUUGCUGCUUCAUCAUCUGUUGGUUCAGCUUCCUCUGCUGUUUCUUCUCAACAGACGACUGUAGGAAAGGUCUCACGUGCCAUUGGAGCUGUGGCUGAAGUUCUUGUAAAUCUGUAUAUGAAUGAUCACAGGCCCAAGCCACAGCUUGAACUGAAGCGGUCUCUGGACAGAGCUGCAGGUUCUUGCCCCAUUCCUCACUCUCCUUCUGCUGCCUCCAGUGCUCAGAGAUGUCAGGGCUCUCUGCGAAAAGAAUUCCCCAAGUCCAUCGGGGGGAGCGACAUUUGUUAUUUCUGCAAGAAGCGGGUGUACGUGAUGGAGCGGCUGAGUGCAGAGGGCCACUUCUUCCACAGGGAGUGCUUCAAGUGUGAAGUGUGUUCCACCACCCUCCGCCUAGGAAUCUAUGCCUUUGAUGUAGAGGAAGGUAAAUUUUACUGUAAACCUCAUUUUACUCACUGCAAAACUAGUACGAAGCACAGAAAGAGAAGGGCAACAAUACAGAUCCAUGGACAGGAGGCGCUAGACGCGUGGAAGAAGGUGGAAGCCAAGGCCACAGAGAUCAGCACAGAAAGCACUCUGUCCACUGCUAGCAGCCCAGAGGACAGGUCCCCAGUCCAAUUCAACAUUCCGGUGCUGCACCCGCUCACUGGCUGAAGCCUUUCUGCUCUCAGAGUCUUCCUUGCUCUUCCUGCCCAGUGAGGAUUCUGUCCUUCUCCUCCUAAAUCUCCUGUCUUCAUUUUACUUGAUAAUCUUAACUGAACAUUUUUAUUAAGUAGUUUUUAACUCUGUAUUUAAAUUUUCACAUGAAGUUCUGUAUUUUGCACACGACAAAAAAUUGUUCUAGCUUUAUUUAUGA